AAUGCUUCCUCACUCACUGUUCCUCGGGUCACCAAAAAUCUCCUCCGCCAAUGAAAAGCAUGUUGAAGUCAUGAAACAUGAAGGCACAAUACAAUCCUUCCUCACUGUUCCUUGCGUCACCAAAAACCUCAUCCGCCUGGUCUUCAUAUAAUUAUAUAAUAAUGCACACGCCCGCCGUCCCUCCCUUCCCCUUAAACCUCUCCCUUCUCUGUUUUGCAGGGUUUAAUUUCUCUCUCUCUCUCUCUCUCCAUGGCAUCUAUAUCUUUCAAUCUCAAUUUUUCCCCCACCACCGCCAUCGCCGCCCCUGUGAGCACCACUGCCGCCACCUCAUACCUUCCCAGGAACCCAUCUCUCUCGCUCUUCUGUUUGAACUCCGCUUCAUUUCACCAUGCCCCAAAAUCGCACACCUUCGCAACCCGAAUAUACAAAACCCCCGUAAUCUGUUCCUCCACUCUCCGUCGCCGCCCGGAAUACAUCCCCAGCCACAUCUCCGACCCCGCCUACGUGCGCGUCUUCGACACCACUCUCCGCGAUGGGGAGCAAUCCCCCGGCGCCACCAUGACCAGCAAGGAGAAGCUCGACAUCGCCCGCGGGCUCGCCAAGCUCGGCGUUGACAUAAUAGAGGCUGGGUUUCCUGCGGCCUCAAAGGACGACCUUGAGGCCGUGAAAAUGAUCGCCGUCGAGGUCGGCAACGAUGUUGACGGCGAGGGGUACGUGCCGGUCAUAUGCGGUCUGGCGCGGUGUAAUAAGAACGACAUUGAUGCGGCAUGGGAGGCCGUCAAGCAUGCGAAGCGGCCCAGGAUUCAUACGUUUAUUGCAACCAGCGAGAUUCAUAUGCAGUAUAAGCUGAAGAAGUCGAGGGACGAGGUGAUUGAGACUGCGAGGAGUAUGGUGAGAUACGCAAGGAGCCUUGGCUGUCAGGAUGUGGAGUUCAGUCCCGAAGAUGCAGGGAGAUCUGACAGGGAGUUUCUUUAUCAAAUUUUGGGGGAAGUAAUUACAGCUGGGGCCACAACUCUUAACAUCCCUGAUACUGUUGGUUAUACCUUGCCUAGUGAAUUUGGGCAACUGAUUGCUGAUAUUAAAUCCAACACUCCAGGAAUUGAAAAUGUGAUCAUUUCAACGCACUGCCAAAAUGAUCUUGGACUUUCUACUGCCAACACAAUAGGGGGGGUAUGUGCUGGUGCAAGACAAGUAGAAGUAACCAUCAAUGGUAUUGGUGAAAGAGCUGGGAAUGCAUCCUUGGAGGAGUUUGUAAUGGCUUUAAAAUGCCGUGGGGAGCAACUAUUAGGAGGCCUUUAUACUGGGAUCAGAACGCAAUACAUUGUUAUGGCAAGCAAGAUGGUUGCCAAUUACACUGGAUUGCAUGUGCAGCCGCACAAGGCCAUUGUUGGAGCUAAUGCUUUUGCUCAUGAAAGUGGUAUCCAUCAGGAUGGAAUGCUUAAACACAAAGGUACAUAUGAGAUUAUUGCUCCUGAGGAUAUUGGACUUUUUCGGUCUAAUGAAUCUGGUCUUGUGCUUGGAAAACUUAGUGGUCGCCAUGCUUUGAAAACUCGACUUUUGGAGCUUGGAUAUGAUAUUGAUGGUAAGGAACUUGAUGGUAUCUUUUGGCGUUUCAAAACAGUGGCUGAGAAUAAAAAGCAUAUUACCGAUGUUGAUUUAAUUGCAUUGAUAUCUGACGAAAUAUUUCAGCCACAAGUUGUAUGGUCACUUGGUGAUAUCCAGGUGACUUGUGGAACCCUUGGUCUUUCCACUGCAACCGUUAAACUCAUUGACACUAAUAAGGAAGAGCAUAUUGCUUGUUCAGUUGGAACUGGACCUGUUGAUUCAGCUUACAAGGCCAUUGAUCUUAUUGUGAAGGUGCCAGUGACCCUUCUUGAGUACUCCAUGAAUGCAGUCACACAAGGCAUAGAUGCAAUAGCUACAACCCGAGUUCUAAUUCGUGGGGAGGAAAGUCACACAGAAACCCAUGCUUUGACUGGAGAAACCAUUCAUCGUACAUUUAGUGGAACUGGAGCCGGAAUGGAUGUUGUUGUUUCCAGUGUUCGAGCCUAUAUUAGCGCAUUAAACAAAUUAUUAGGCUUUAAAAUGCCCUCUGGAUCAAAGAGUCAUGCAGAGGAGUCUCAAGUAUCCGUUUGAGGAAGGUAUUCAUCAUUUCUUUAAUGGUGCUUGCACAAGCAAGAUACUUGGAGUUGUGACUCCAUGUACUUCACUUGAUUGUUCUGGCUCGUGUUUUUAUUUUGUACAAUUUUUUCUCUUUAGGGAGACAAUUGUUUGCCGAGUGCCUUUCUGAAACAUAUUUGUAUGAUAUGUCAAUAACCUUUUUUUCCCCCCUCUAA